UUGAAUGUAGUAACUAUUUGUUAACCUUACAUUUAACCAGUAUCUAUAAAGCUACCACAAUAACAAGACAUGUUGUUGAUUCUGAUAGUGUUUAUUACCUUACCGCUGCUAUAUAUAAUUAUUAAAAAAUAUAAAUACUGGGAAAAGAAAGGGGUACCUGGACCUAAGCCCUUACCCCUCAUUGGAAACAUCGGUGUCAGUAUUCUCGGGCAAAAAAAUGUGUCGGAUGUUUACGCAGAUAUUUAUCAUAAGUUUGAAGACUGUCCCUUUGUGGGAGUCUACAGAAUGGGGCAACCAUGUCUGCUGAUAAGAGAUCCAGAAAUAAUAAAAAACGUUUUGAUCAAAGACGUUAGUUGUUUUAUGGAAAAAGUGGACAGAGAGUUGGAUCCGCUGAUCAGUCGAAACACUUUCAUCAUGAAAGGAGAUGAAUGGAAGAGAGCCAGGCAAUUCAUGACACCAAACUUUGCAAGUGGAAAAAUAAAAGCCGUAUUUCCUAUAGCAGAAGGUGUAAGUAAGAAUCUUGUCAGUUAUUUGGAAGAACAAGAUGUUGCUGUCAAUGCCAAAGAGGCGUUCAUAAAAUUCAGCUGCGAUGUGAUCGCCGCUUACGGAUAUGGCAUGGAAGGAAAUAGCUUCAAGGAUCCUAACGCUGAGUUGAUGACCUUGGCUAAAAAAUUUGCCACGCCAGAAACGUUAAGGUUACACCCACCACUGGCCCAGCUAAGCAAGAUAUGCGCUGAGCAAUACACAAUGACGUCAACCGGCAACAACUUCAGAAAUAUAAGUGUUACACUGGAGAAAGGAUCAUCGAUAGUAAUUUCUCUUCUUGGCUUGCAUACAGACGCGAGAUAUUUUCCGUCGCCAAAUGAAUUUAUCCCGGAAAGAUUUUUGGACAAGGCUGAAGCUAAUAAGAACGUAUACAUGCCAUUUGGCGCCGGUCCCAGGAUGUGCAUAGGUUCUUUUUAGUUGUCACUCUAAUUUAACCUUGUUGGAUAUUAUCAUGUAGUCGUUUUGGGUCUAUGGUAGUGAAAGUUGGAAUAGCCCAGACGAUAAGAAAUUUUGAAGUAACCCUGAAUGAAAAAACAAUACAUCCCCUGAAGCAUGAUCCGUUGUACUUUUCACUGUACCCUAAAGGAGGGGUUUGGUUCAACUGCAAGAAAAUUAAACUCGAGAAAUAGCUCAGCAACGAAAGAAUUUUCGGCUCUGUUAUUGACGAAGAUUUUGAUUUUCAA